AGCGGGGCCGGUCCGGCUCCGGUCCCGUCGGGUCCGCCAUGGGGACGCAGGGUGCCGGGAGAAAGCGGCUGCCGAACCGGGAGCGCCUGACGGCGGAGGACGAUGCGCUCAACCAGAUCGCCCGCGAGGCUGAAGCAAGGCUCGCGGCGAAGCGAGCGGCGCGGGCAGAGGCACGGGAGAUCCGAAUGAAAGAACUGGAGAGACAGCAGAAGGAGAUCUAUCAAGUCCAGAAGAAAUAUUAUGGUCUGGAUACUAAGUGGGGAGACAUCGAGCAAUGGAUGGAAGACAGUGAGCGUUAUUCCCGUAGAGCCCGAAGAAAUGCCUCGGCUUCGGAUGAAGAUGAGCGCAUGUCAGUGGGUAGCCGUGGAAGCCUGAGGUCUCAUUUGGAAUAUGCCAGCACCUACCCAGUGGCUGGAUUAGAGAAUGAGAGGACCAAAAAGAAGAACUACUCCAAAGCAACCAAUGGUUAUGAGGAAGACGUGUAUGGAUCAUCCCAGAGUAGAAAAUCUAGCAGGGCUUCCUACUACUCUGAUCUGGGUCUGCACAACAGCGGCUACGCUUCCACAUCUCAACUUUCUUCUCAAAAUGGAAAUUGGGCGUCUGUGUACGAGGAGAGCGUUUACAGCGGGAGCCGUCGGUAUAGUGCCCCUAGUUCUCGUGCUCCUUCCGAGUACAGCUGCUACCUUGGUUCGGGAUCUCGGGCAUCCUCAAGAGCCAGCUCUGCUCGGGCCAGUCCAGUGAUUGAAGAAAGGCCAGAAAAAGACUUUGAGAAGGGAGCACGUACUGUCUCAAGUUUAUCAGCAGCUACCUUGGCUUCUCUGGGCGGGACUUCUUCACGGAGAGGCAGUGGGGACACAUCCAUCUCAGCUGAUACAGAGGCAUCUAUUAGAGAAAUCAAGGAUAUCUAUGAGUUAAAGGACCAGAUUCAGGAUGUAGAAGGCAAAUACAUGCAGGGACUGAAAGAAUUGAAGGACUCUCUAGCUGAAGUUGAAGAGAAAUACAAAAAGGCUAUGGUGUCAAAUGCUCAACUAGACAAUGAAAAAACCAAUUUUAUGUACCAAGUAGACACCCUGAAGGAUGCACUCCUAGAGUUAGAAGAACAGCUGGCAGAAUCCAGGAGGCAAUAUGAAGAAAAAAGUAAAGAAUUUGAGAGGGAGAAGCAUGCUCAUAGCAUAUUGCAGUUUCAGUUCAUGGAAAUCAAAGAGGCUUUGAAGCAAAGAGAAGAAAUGCUUGCAGAAAUCCAACAGCUGCAACAGAAACAGCAGAGCUAUGUCAGGGAAAUUUCCGACCUUCAGGAGACAAUAGAGUGGAAAGACAAAAAAAUAGGGGCACUAGAGAGGCAGAAAGAUUUCUUUGAUUCCAUAAGGAGUGAGCGGGAUGACCUUAGAGAUGAAGUGCUUGUGCUGAAGGAGCAACUGAAGAAACAUGGAAUAAUCCCUGACUCUGAUGUAGCCACCAAUGGGGAGACAUCAGACAUUCUUGAUAACGAAGGACACUUGGAUUCUUCCAGAACUGUUCCAGGCACAACUCAGGCAUUAAAGACAGGAGGGGAGGGGAUGCUAGACAGGCUGAAAAGGCUCAUUGAUGAACGAGAAUCCCUCCUAGACCAGAUUAAAAAAUUAAAGGGACAACUAGAAGAAAAGCAAAAGAAUGGCAAGAUGGAUAACACACAGUCAGAAGAUGAAGUUCUGGAAAAUGGGACAGAUAUGCACAUGAUUGAUCUCCAAAGAGAUGCCAACAGACAGAUCAGUGAUCUCAAAUUUAAACUAGCAAAGUCUGAGCAAGAGAUAACAGCAUUGGAGCAGAAUGUAAUACGACUGGAAGGUCAGGUAGCCCGAUACAAAACUGCUGCUGAAAAUGCUGAAAGAGUAGAAGAUGAACUGAAAGCAGAGAAACGCAAACUACAGAGAGAGCUUCGUUCAGCACUGGAUAAAACUGAAGAGCUUGAGGUGAGCAAUGGGCACCUAGUGAAACGUUUGGAGAAGAUGAAAGCCAACCGGAGUGCUUUACUGUCGCAGCAAUAACCACCACCUCCCGACGGAAACCACCACUACUUGACGGAAUCGGAACGACGCUGCAGCUGCUUCUGUCUCUUGCUGCCCGGGAUGCUUUGUGUCAUGCCUUCUGAGAACAGAAAACCCCCAACAUUUGCUACGUGCCACCCAGCUGCGGGUCUCUCUGCGCAGAUUCAAACCUGCUGCACUAUAUCCAUAGGAGUAGCUGAUCCAAAUGGCUGUGCCUGCAGGAGCCCUUCCACACUGAGCGCUGGGGACUUUCGAAGUACAGUAUCAGUCGACCGCGUAAGAAGCACAUUAAGUUCUCCAUCCAGAGGGGCACAGCAGCCAUUUAUUGCCAUUUAAAAUGGUAUUCAAAGAAAACAAUUUGACUGGAAUUUUUGUGUCUUGCUGAAAAUUUUAAAAGAAACACUGUAAGUUUUGGACUUUUCUCGUGACAGUAUCUGUAAUUUAGUGACUACGGUAGAGUUAUUCAUAGUAGGUUUUUCAUUUACAAAUCACUGUGGAACCACAAGCCAUUACAAAGCAAAACUCCUUCAGUGGAAACCAUGGAAGAAGAUGGUCUUGGAAGCAAAAGUGACCUUAAAUGACUUUGCCAAUAAAACAAAGGUGUCUGGAGGGAUUUUUGCACCAGUGGAAUCAUGAGACUCUUUUAUUUCAGGGUAAAUAGGCAAUAGCUUCAUUGAAUUUUCAACUUUUAUUUGUAUUAUUUAAUCCCUGCUCUUGGAGUUGAAGUAAAUGACUUUUAAAAGAUGUAAAGUUGCGUUAGUAAACCAGCAUAAGGCCGUGUUUUCAGAAAUGGUGGGUUUUGCACUUAGAUCAUUCUCUUUGGUGCAUUUGUCAAAGCAAGUGUCAUUUGCUUAAACAAAAUAUGAAAUGGGUUUUUUACAUCAGAAACUAUCUACUGGUCCAUGAACCACUAGGAAACAAUGCCGCUACAAAAUAAAAGUCUGAUUUUUAAAAGAGUAACUGAUAAGUAAAGAAGCACUUUAGAAAAUAUUACUGCCUAUGGGUUUUCUACGAAUACAGAAGUAGCGACUUCUUUCCUUCUUAGGUCAUUAUGAAGGUUUUCCACUUUUCCUGAAAAUCAGCGUAACCAAUUAAGAUGUUGCAGGCAAUUAUUGUGUGUACAAAAAUUAUAUACGACUAGCACUACAGCUCUGGUUUAUUGGAAAUCAUUCUGAAUGUACUACUCAAAGGAGAACAGCAGUUACCUGAGGGAUAAAGCUGCCUGUCCCCUUUCGGCCCUUACAGGAAAGCGCCUGAGGCAGGCGACCGAUCCCUUCGGAAUCUGCUCAUGCUGUGAAGCAGCAUCUGCUGUUCCACACAGGAGCAACCCUCUGUCCAUGCUGCGUCAAUAGGUGUGGUUCUAUCAAGCCAAAUCCAGACCCAGGAGACCACAAUUCUUCUUAACUUAGUCUUCAGACUCUCUGAUCCAGGUCUUUCCCCAGCCUCUUCCUUGCAGACGGGAGGUUACAGUACAAACUGCUGCUAUUUUCAACGCAAGGGAAUCGCUGGUAUCUUCUUAGAGCACCUUCACUAAAUAAACCAAAAACAGUGUCUGAAUGUGUUUCUCUGGUUUGGCUAGGAAACAACACCUUCUUCUUCAUCUCUUCUGAGUGCACAAUGAAAUAUAGGAAUGAAGUACUGAAAUUAAUAUCCCAGGAAAAGGAUGAAGAAGGCUUUUUUUAUGCUCCUGGGGAACACUUCCAGAGAUAGUGAUUCCACCACCUCCCUGGGCAACUUAUUCCAAUGCCUGACCAUUCUUGCAGUGAAAAAAUGUUUUCUAAUAUCUAAUCUGAACCUCCCCUGAUGCAACUUAAGGCCAUUUCCUCUCGUCCUUCCAUUUGAGAUGUGGCAGAAGAGCCCUACUCCCCCCCCGGCUCCACCCUCCUGUCAGGGAGUUGCAGAGAGCGAGAAGGUUCCCCCAAGCCUCCUCUUCUCCAGGCUGAGCCCCCCCAGCUCCCUCAGCUGCUCCUCAUCAGACUUGUGCUCCAGACCCUUCCCCAGCUCUACUCCCUUCUCUGGACACACUCCAGCACCUCCAUGUCCUUCGCAUUCCUUGUUUUAGCCUAAGACUGGAUGUAUACAUGAAAUGAAGCCAUCAACACUUGCAUCACUACUCCAUGGGGAAAGCCCAGUAGCUGUUUACUUCAAGAAACUUCUGCUCCUGCAAGCUCCCAACCACUUCAGAGUGAAAGGAAAUGUCUCUGGAGGCAGAUGCAGUCCCCAAGAGAUAAAACCCUUAAAUUCAAUGAUUGGCUCUGUCCUGAUGCAUAACAUGUGACCAUACCGACUAGGUGCAGUUUUGAGAAGUAUAUCUAAAAUAUGCAUCCUUUUCAAAGUCCUCAAAUUAUCUGUUUCUAGAUAUAAACAUACUGAAUUGGACACACUGCCCAGAGAAGCUGUGGCUGCCCCAUCCCUGGAAGUGUUCAAGGCCAGGUUGGACAGGGCUUGGAGCAACGUGGUCUAGUGGAAGGUGUCCCUGCCCAUGACAAGAGAGGUGGAAUGAGAUCUCUAAGGUCCCUUCCAAUCCAAACCAUUCUGGGAUUCUACGAAAUUAUACCAGUAAUUCAGCAGUGCAUUACCUGGUAAUGGGAAAGUCAUGGCAAACUUCUUCCAAGCAAGCUUGAUUUUAGGCAAACCUGUAGUGAAGCAAUAUGAUACUGAAACAAUCAGGCUUUCUGCAAACUGCCUGCAGUACAAUAAUUCAUGUUAUUUAUUACUUUACAGUUAUUUUUUCCACAGUUUCAUGUUCACUCACCUCCAGAAAGAGGACAUCAGUUGUGAAUCUGAUGCUGUCCCCAAGGAGGUGUUGGAAGUUUGUCUUGUCCAUCUUGGCAUAUACUUCCUGCAGAUAAUGAACAACUGUGUCCAACCGGUCUUCAUCUUCAAGGAAUGUUUCUAUGCAGGACACAUGUUUUCUAUACAUCAGGAAUUGUUUCAGCCAACGGGACUGUUUCCCACUUUUUAAGAUCUCCAAUAAAUGUUUCUCAGUCCCCUUUUUGUGGUCUGUAAAAUCCACUAGUUUUUUGUUUUCCUUGUCCCUCAUGGCUCGGGCAGGGUCUGGGAGGAGCUGCCUGCCGUGCAAAGGUGCCAGCUGAAGGACCUUCCUGUGCCUUGGUGGGGAAGGUCCUUGUUCAUCAAAUGUGAUGAAACAUGGAGAUGGAAGGAAUCUUUUUAAAUUAAAUUUCCGCUCCAGCUAGGGCUUUGGGGUCUUUGUUUGUUUGUUUGUUUUUUGAGAGGAACAUUCAGGUGCAGAGCCAGGUUUCUUGUGGAAUACCUCAAAAUCACUGUGGAUACCAAUUUACAAUUUUCUGUGCUUGACUUGUAUAAUUUCUGGUGUACAAAGCCUCUGGGGCCUAAAAAAUGAGCUAAGGGAUUUUCAGAAUGCGAACAAACAUGCUAAAUACAACAUCUUAGUAAUGAUAAGGUGUGUGAUUGUCACCAGUCAUCUUUUCAUUUGUGGUAGUGGUGAAAGCUGUCUCUCCUGGCAAGAUUCAGGAGAAACAACUCAGCAAUUAAGCAUUGGUCCAAAAGGCUAAAAAUAAUGCUUUGCUCAUCAAAAAGGGAUGUGUUUAUUAUUUCAAAGUAGUUUUCAUCUCACACCCCAUAAGCAUUAACCUCAUGACGGAAGUCAGAUGUGUUAUUUCAACCUGGAUAUGCUCUUAGUAGAAAUCUUUGUGUGUGGUAAAGUAGAUGAAUGUUGAAGACACAUUUUUUCUCCCCCUAACUUUCAGUAUGACUUAGCUUUAGAAUAAGGGAAGAAAAAGAACUGGUUGGUUUACUGCAAACUGUUUUAUGUUUUUCUGUGAAGAAUGUACAACAACAGGGCUUUUAAUGGUAAUAAUAGCACAUGUCCCAGUCCUUUUAAUUGAGCUCCAAAUGAGAGCGCCUCGGGACCCAGAGUGGAGCUGAGGUAGUGGCAGCCUGGCGAGGAACAGCUCCUGGGGGAACCAGGAUAGGUUUUCCUAGAACUUAAAUGAAUUUGUUAUCCUCUAUUUUAAAUUGUUAAAUAAUUUUAUUGUUUGCAAAUGGAAUGUUACCUAAAAUGUUGGGUUUUUGUUUUGUUUGUUUGGCUUUUUUCCAGGCGCUCUGUUAGGGAAUGUGAGCGUGGAAAAGGAAAUUCAUUAUGAGCAGAACUCGCCAAUAAAAUGUCACUUGUUUGGGUAGUUUUUA